AUGUUGUUCAGGUUCAUGUGGCCACGAAGUGGCACAAUAACUCCUUUAAGAAACUUUAAUAUGUUUUCAAGGUCUAUGACAAGUAGUAUCCCGUUAUAUAAAACCAACCACUCAACUAGAACGAAGGAGAAUGUGCACGAUUUGGAGACCUUUUUAAAGCUUAUCGGCCGCAACUGUAUUGAGCAUGCCGAGACCUUUGGGAAUGACUUGCCCAAGUUUUUAAAGACAUCAUCACAUGAGAUGAAAAAUAUGGGUAUUGAUGUUUCCACCAGACGCUACAUGCUCAGAUGGAUUCACAAAUUUGAGAAUGACUUAGAACCUUUAAGAGAGCAUAAGAAAGGAAAGAAGAAGAAUGGAGGAGAGAGAAAUGCAAAGACAGUAUUGGCUAAGAAGAAAGCAUUAAAGAGGUUGGAAGAAAAAGAAAAGUUUGCACUAGAAGAGUUAGAAGCAGAGAAGAAAGGAGAGAGAGAAUUUUAG